AUGGAUAUUGCGGGCAGAAUGGUUCAAUGGGCAAUUGAGCUCUCCGAAUUUGACCUGAAAUACGAAUCCCGGACGGCAAUAAAAGCCCAAUGCCUCACCGACUUCCUAGCAGAAUACGCUGGAGAUCAAGAGAAAAAGUCCACUACAUGGGAAUUAUAUGUAGAUAGGUCCUCCAACAAGGUUGGAAGCAGUGUAGGCAUAAUACUGGUCAGCGAAGGGGGAACGCAAAUAGAAGUCUCCCUCAAGUUCGAGUUCCUAGCUUCCAACAAUCAGGCAGAAUAUGAAGCCUUGAUUGCAGGGUUAAAGCUGGCAGUGGAAGUUGGCGCCACCAAAGUAAUGUGGAUAGAAGCAGAACCAUUGGCUACCAUCACCGCUCAGAGAAGUCAAAAGUUCCUCUACAAGAACAUUAUCACCAGAUAUGGAGUACCUCACUCCAUCACUACCGAUAAUGGCACUCAGUUCACCGAUUCAAUCUUAAAAAACCUGGUGGCCAGCAUGAAAAUCAAACAUCAGUUUACAUCGGUGGAACAUCCACAAGCAAAUGGACAAGCCGAGGCAGCAAACAAGGUCAUACUGGCAGGGUUGAAGAAAAGGUUGCAGGACGUAAAGGGAGCCUGUGCCGAGGAGCUCCCACAAGUACUUUGGGCUUAUCGGACCACACCUCAGUCUGCCACAGGGGAAACGUCCUUCCGACUUGCUUAUGGCAUAGAAGCCAUGAUACCAGUCGAAAUCAACGAGUAG